GGGUCGUUUCAGCCACAGAAGAAGUGGGCUGAGGAAAGGAGUCGGGGUCUGGGCGUGCGACGUUCGGCUAGAUAUCACCGAGCUAGGUGGGACAGCCAGGUAACAGUUUCAAGAUGCCAGGACGUUCCAGUACAAAUUCAGGUUCUACUCGUUACAUAUCCUUCAGUGGUGUAGAGUCAGCUCUCUCCUCCUUAAAAAACUUCCAAUCCUGUAUCAGCUCCGGAAUGGACACAGUUUCUAGUGUUGCCUUGGACCUUGUGGAGACUCAGACUGAAGUGAGUAGUGAGUACAGUAUGGACAAGGCCAUGGUUGAGUUUGCUAAAAUGGAUCGAGAACUAAGCCAUUAUGUUAAGGCUGUCCAGUCUACAAUCAAUCAUGUAAAAGAAGAGCGUCCAGAAAAAGUACCAGAUUUAAAAUUAUUGGUGGAGAAGAAAUUUUUGGCUUUACAGGAUAAGAACUCUGAUGCCAACUUUAAAGAGAACGAAAAGUUCGUGCAGUUCAAGCAACAGCUGAGGGAGCUGAAGAAGCAAUUAGUGAAACCCAAAGAAGAUGGAAGACACAGUGAAUUCGACCUGAAUAAGGAUUCCAGUAGAGCAGGCAAUGAACGAGGAACUGCCAGGCUGUUUCCUACAGCGAGGGCGCCAUUUUAUAUUUCCACCAGCAGUGUAUGAGGGUUCCAAUUGUUCCACGUCCUUGCCAGCACUUGUUACUGCCUGUCCUUACUGUAGCCAGUGUAGUGGUGUCUCAUUGUUUUGCCUUACAUUUCUCUGAUGGAUAAAUGUUGUGGUAUUUAUGUUACUAACCUAGGCAGAAGUUUAAAUCUCAUACUUUCAUAUAGAAACCACUGCAUAUUACUGAAUUAACCAGUAAUUCUGAAGCAAAACCAUAGUUCUGUACCAGAUAAAUGUUAUUCAUGAAGUUAUACUUUAAAAAAUAAAUAAAUAAAUAAAGUAAAAUGACUUGGGAUGAAGAUAACACACUCACCUGAGAGUGUGAAUUCAUCUGCAGUGUUCUUUACCUGCGCUACUACAAUGCUGUUGUGUGACAUUUACUGGAUAAUCCAGACAGCACUUUGACUAAAUCCACAGUAUGGUGUCACUGGGUAAACACUUGAGAAUGGAAAUGUGUAUCUCUUCUGGUUUUAUCGGUUGAGAUUAAAGGUGGUUUGUAGCACAGGAAACCUUUUCUCCACCACUCUGUAUCUCAGUGUGGGCCAAUAAUCUGUCACCUGAAACCACUUAAAAUAGG